AUGGCAGCACUGGAGUCUGUGCCGUCUGGCGACGCGGAGCCGCGUCAAACGCUGCCACGGUCCCCGAGAGGUCGGCGCUCCUUCACAGAAGCACAACGAAAGGCUGCUUGGGAGCGAGCAAAGCCCGUUCCGGGGCGCGAUCCCGAGCGAUGGCGAUAUGAUGUGUACGGAAAUCCAGUUUUGCGGCCCUUGCACGGCUGUUUAGGCUGCUUUUGCUAUGAGUUUGACCACCGAGUACCCUACUCGCUCGGAGGCGCGACAAGUCUUGACAAUUGUGACAUUCUUCAAACGCGCAUAAACCGUCUCAAAUCGAACGCUCUAGAAGGAGUGAAUAUAUCCAGGGAACAAAUCCGCCAGUAUGCAUGUGAAGACGUGUCAAAUGUCAUUGACAUGGACGCCAUAGAGUUCGCGGUUUACGGCGACGUGCGCCGCGAGGGGCUUCACUGCCGUGCAUACAGCUUGUUCGAGAAGGUCGCUUCCGAAAUGCUGGUUUCCACCGGGCGAGUAUCCAGGUUUGAAAGCGGAUCUCCAGCAGUAACGGAACAUUCACCCAUGAAGAUAUCUCGUCAAAGCAACAUCCCAUCAUGCACCGAAGCGUUGAACCGUACUCCACAGCAGCAAGGCAUGAAACCAGUACCGAGUCAUCCUGAAAUACCGAUUCCACCCGCUUGGCUCUUUCUUCCAUCCUUCUCGUGA